AAGAUGAAUUUGAAUGGAGUCGUCGUGGUUGUUGCGCUGGCCCUGCUAGCGUGCGCGCCCCGGCGCAGUUACUCGCAGCUGCAGCGGCUCAAAGUGCCCAUGACUUUGGUUCGAAACGCUUCCGCUCUCGGUGCUUUUUGCCUGGAUGGGAGUUUGCCGGCGUAUCAUCUGCACAGAGGAUUCGGGGCUGGCACGAACAACUGGCUUUUACAGUUCGAGGGCGGUGGGUGGUGCAAUGAUAUAGCAUCGUGCGCGGAUAGAGCCACAACGCACAGAGGAUCAACGCGUCUGAUGACCAAGUUGGAAGUCUUUUCUGGAAUUCUAAGCAACAAUGCCUCUCUCAAUCCAGAUUUUUACAACUGGAACCGGGUGAAGCUUAGAUAUUGUGAUGGAGCCUCAUUUGCUGGAGAUGCCACGUUCGACAAUGGGACGUCAUUGCUUUAUUUCAGAGGGCAAAAGAUUUGGGAAGCAAUUAUUCUUGACCUCCUACCAAAAGGUUUGGGACGUGCGCGUAAGGCUUUACUUUCAGGUUGCUCUGCUGGGGGUUUAGCAUCCUUUCUACAUUGUGACAACCUUUCCAAUUACUUGCCAGAGAAUGCCACUGUGAAGUGCUUAAGUGAUGCUGGGUUUUUUCUUGACGAAAGAGAUAUAAGUCUGAACAGCACUAUGAGGUUUUUCUACAAACAACUUGUUUCUCUACAGGGGGUAGAGCAGAAUCUGGAUAAAAACUGCACCAGUUCCCUCAAAUUGCCUUAUUUGUGCUUCUUCCCACAGUUUGCAUUGAAAUACAUUUCCACGCCAUUUUUUAUCUUGAACUCAGCAUAUGAUGUAUACCAAUUUCAUCAUAUAUUGGUGCCACCUUCUGCUGAUUUGCAUGGAGAAUGGAAUCAUUGCAGGCUGAAUCCAGCAGCAUGUGAUGUAAACCAGAUAGAAACUUUGCAAGGUUUCAGGCGUGAUAUGCUUUUAGCAUUGAGAGUGUUCAUCAAAUAUUCAAGAAGAGGGGGGGCAUUCAUAAAUUCAUGCUUUGCUCAUUGCCAGAGUGAGUCACAAGACACUUGGUUUGACGUUGACUCCCCAAGAAUUCGCAAUAAGACUAUUGCAGAAUCAGUUGGUGAUUGGUACUUCAGCAGAAGGGUAACCAAACAGAUUGACUGUGCAUAUCCAUGUGAUACUACCUGCCACAACCUUAUACCAUAGGCUCAGGUCCCAUUAAGAUUCGUAGCUUGGGAAAGACAAAGGAGUUUCCCACAAGCUUUUCUAGCUCUCAAAAUGAAGCUAUAUAUUAGGUGGCUUUUCAAGGAAUUAUAUAAUUAAGGGAUAACGCAAAGAACAUGCAAUUCAUACAAUGGAGGCUAUAGCAUAUAUAUCUCUACAACAAUAUUACAAAUGAAGAAGAAUUAAAGAUUAUACAUGUUCCACAUUUUUUUAAUUGAAUCAACCAAUAAAGACUCGUUCGUUUUUAUUCUUCUCUAGAAACUAAAAGCCCUAUUCGGGUCGCCGAGGAAGACAGAAAUAGAAGAAAUAGUUUGAUUCUUGAAUGGGUUUGGUAUCAUUUAGACAAUGAAAGGUAAUGUACUGUUAGGGUUGGUGUUCCAAAAACCAUUGUAGAACUUGAUAUUAUUUAAAUAAAAUUGUUUUAUUUAGAGAA